UGUUCAACUCUCUCCUUCAUUCAUUUUCCUUCAGUCCGUGACUGACGUGACUUACGUGUGGCUGCCAGGUGAGUGAAAUUUGACUUAACUCACUGGUGCUCUUUAUCUGCUUGGGUUCCUAAUGAUAUUCUUAAACGUGUGCUCUCUGUCUCUCUCCUUCUCUUCUAGUGCAUGCUUUAUGUCAUAAUGGGUUUUAUUUAUUGGUUUAUGAAUAAAUGGAUGUGGGAUGUGGUGAAAUACAUUAUAAAAACAGUAUAUACAUUGAUAUCUGUUUGUAUCUCUAAAUAUGUGUCUCCACAUAGAGAUGGUGAAAUAAUAGGUAGUUAUUCCUGUUUGUUGUUGGAUACUUAUAUAAUCAUGUUGCUAUUUAUGCGCACAAACAGUAGACCCUUGUUUUUCUUAAUUUUUACUUUCCUGUUUAAUUUUCCUGUUAUCAUACCUCUACUAAACUUUUCUUCCAUCCAUCACGUGCUCUAAUGCAAUAUGCACAAAUCUGAAUGGGUGAACCUCACAAAAACCUGCUCAGACAAUGUCUGGGUCAUAUAAACGAAGCCAGAAAUUAAAUUUUGGAUUUAGUUUAAAUUUAAAUUUAAUUUAAUAAUGUAAUGUAAUUUAAUUGUGUAGGUAAAGUCAUAAUUAAAAAAAAAAAAAACAAGAAUCUUUAAAUAGACUUAAUUGUCUUUAUGCAAAAUAUUGUUAUAAAUGUAAUUUUAUUAUAAUAUAAAUAUUGUAUAAUGUGGGACCCUGUUAGAUUUAUAAAAAAAAAGAAAGAAAAAAAAAGUCUUUCCACUUUAUCUUUUUAAUGGCGCUAUUUAAUAUUCUGCUAAUUUUUUUUAACCUUUUCUUUAAAAAGUAUUUUUGCUAAGUAUGUCCAGAUAAACAGAUAAAGAGGCUAUUUUAUUUCACUUGCAGUGGGUCACCUCAUGGAGGCUGCCAUUUUGAGAUCACAUGACCUGCUUAAUUGAUCUCUGUAACCUACUCAAUGCAACUUAAAAAAAUACUGGUAAUUUCAUUUUGUAGUUCAUUUUGUAACAUUGACACAUUUUGUAUUGUAUUGCAGAAGCCUCACCUCUGUGCAAUCAUGAUUCGGGCCGUCUGUCCCAAUUGUGUUCUUCUCUUUGCUCUCCUCUUUGUGUGCAUGGACGCACGUCCCGAAUCGCCAGGCCGCUCAAGGCGAGCUCCUGCUGCCAAAGUGCGACUGGCAGGUUUCGGCCACAGAGAAAAUGAGGGACGAGUUGAAGUCCUGCACAACGGGACGUGGGGUACCGUAUGCGACGAUGAGGUCAAUAUUAAACUCGCUAAUGUGGUUUGCAGGGAACUGGGUUUCCAAAGUGGCAUAACAUGGGCGCACAGUGCCAAGUACGGAGAGGGAGAAGGCCCCAUUUGGAUGGAUAAUGUGAGGUGUGAAGGAACGGAGAAAACUCUGAAAGACUGCAAGUCGAACGGAUGGGGUGUUCAUGACUGCAAGCACUCUGAGGAUCUCGGGGUGGUCUGCAGUCCAGAGAGAAGGCUGGACCAAGUUCAUCCUGGAGUCACCAGAAGAGGGCACACCAUCUCUCUCAGGCCAAAUGCAGUCACCUCAAACCGUUGGCAGGACAUUUACUCCAGUUCAAGGACACCUGCACAUCUCAGACAAGGCAACGGACAUUCCCAAGAUCAUACCAGAUGGGAUCAAUUCUCCAGACAGCAGUUUCAUAAUCCAUCUGCCAGUAGGGUGAAGAUCGAGGAAGUCCGCCUCAAGCCGGUCUUGAUGGUUACAAAGAAGCAUACUCUUGUUACGGAAGGUGUGGUGGAAGUAAAGCAUGCUGGGAGAUGGAGACAGGUGUGUGAUAAAGGCUGGAGUCUGAACAGCAGCAGAGUUGUGUGUGGGAUGCUUGGCUUUCCUGACGCGGAGCAGCCCAACAUGAACACCUACAAAAAAAUAUGGGAUAAAAAAGUCAAGGAUUCAACAACCAGAUUGAGUCAGAUGACCAAGAAGAAGGGAUUCUGGGUUGAGAAAGUACAUUGUCUGGGCACAGAGCCCAGUCUGGCGGAGUGUCAUGCCCAGCUGUCAAUCCCUCGAAGCCCCGGACCCUGUAAGAACGGUCGCCAUGCUGUGGCCCGCUGUGUCCCAGGACCACAGUUUGCUCGUAUGUCCUCUGGCAGACCCCAGGCACCUCACCCUGCAGAGCUGUCAGUGCGUCUGAAGGCAGGACCACGUCUGGGAGAAGGAAGAGUCGAGGUUCUCCGUGAGGGAAAGUGGGGAACCGUGGUUGACCACCGGUGGGACCGGAUCUCAGCCAGCGUGGUGUGCAGAGAGCUGGGCUUCGGCACUGCCAAAGAGGCUCUUACCGGAGCAUACAUGGGUCAAGGGACGGGGCCAAUCCACAUAAACUCAGUGCAGUGCACUGGCACAGAGCGCUCCAUUUUGGAUUGUUACUUCCAGGAAGUCCCUCCCUGGACAUUCAAACACAGCCAGGAUGCUUCUGUCAAAUGUUAUGUUCCUAAGACAGGCUUUGAGACCACGGUGCGGCUGGCGGGUGGCAGGGACCGGGCUGAGGGUCGUGUAGAGGUGCUCAUGGAGGUGGGGGGCAGAAAGCGCUGGGGGACGAUUUGCAGUGAGAACUGGGGAAUAAAUGAAGCCAUGGUGGUAUGCAGGCAGCUGGGCUUUGGUUUUGCCGCACGUGCCCAUCAGGACACAUAUUAUUGGCAAGGAGACCCUGCCGCUGAAGAAGUACUGUUGAGUGGGACUCACUGUGUGGGAACAGAAAUGUCCAUCCAGCAGUGCCGUCGUAACAGUUACGUCCACUGCCCUCGAGGAGGCGGAGCUAAAGCAGCGGGCGUCACCUGUUCUGAAACGGCACCUGACCUGGUUUUGGAUGCACAGCUCGUGCAGGAGAGUGCUUACCUGGAAGACAGGCCUCUGCACCUGCUCACCUGUGCACAUGAGGAGAACUGUCUCUCCUCUUCUGCUAACCGUAUGCAAUGGCCGUAUGGGCACCGCCGCCUUCUGCGUUUCUCCUCCCGUAUCAUGAACUUGGGCAGAGCCGACUUCCGUCCGAGAUCCUCAAGAGAGUCCUGGACCUGGCACCAGUGCCACAGGCAUUAUCACAGCAUUGAAGUGUUCACGCAUUAUGAUCUCCUCACACUCAACGGAAGCCGAGUGGCCGAAGGACACAAAGCCAGUUUCUGUCUGGAAGACACCUACUGCCCUGAUGGACUUCAAAAGCGCUUUUCAUGUUACAAUUACGGAGAUCAAGGCAUUUCGGUGGGUUGCUGGGACACUUACCGCCACGAUAUCGACUGCCAGUGGAUAGACAUCACUGAUGUCAGACCUGGAGACUACAUCUUGCAGGUUGAAGUAAAUCCGUCGCUGGACAUGGCUGAAUCAGACUUUAUGAACAACGCCAUGCGUUGUCGAUGUAAAUAUGAUGGACACAGAGUGUUUAUGUAUGGCUGUCAUGCAGGUGAUGCCUACAGUGCUGAAACUGAGGAUUUAUUCGAACAUCAGCGUCAGAUCAGCAAUAACUUCAUUUGAGCCUGGUAAAGAGAGGUGAGAGGAGAGGAUGUUCAUUAAUGGCUCCCAGAAAUGCGGCUAAUUGGACAAUAAACUGGGUGAAAGAUAAGGAGAUCUCAGCUGAUCUCAGAACAGUCUACCAGUAGCACUAAUGAGUGGACGCUACAUCGCUAAACGAUUUUCUCUAUGGAACUAAAUCAACUCUUCCAGAUGUUUGGAAAUCAAACGAAAGGCUUAGUUCACCUAAAAUUAGAUUCUGUCACGAUUUUUCUUAGUAUUUUGUAUUUGACUUUUGUUUUUAAGUACAGUAGCAUACUGGUUGUCCUUUUCCACCCAUUUGCAAUGAAUAGAGACCGGAGCUUGUUUUUAGGAACUAUAUUUAAGACAAUGGAUAUCUGUAUUCCUCUCUUGAGCUCUACUACGGAUGUCAAAAUUUUUAGUAAAUAAUAACUUAAUUUUCAGUCAGUCUGCCUGGCACACAUGGUUUUGUAUCAGAAGAUUUGGUAUAUACUUUUAUCAUAUAUUUAUAGUGCAUUGUUUGUAAUUUUGGAGUUUGAUAGUUCCAGUCCUUUUUACUUUCACUUUAUUGAAAAGAGUGGAUAUUAUAUUCCUUAAAAAUUCUCAUUUUGUAUUCUAUCAUAUGAAUCAUAUGAGCGUCUCUUAAGGCCAAUUCUCACUGCACUGACAGAUUGUGACAAAUGGCAACAGAUGCGCUGGUCAGGUUUUGUCUGAUCAGUGUGUCCUCGUCUGCUGGCAUUGGUUGGCGCUUGUUUUCGCCAUUGAAUCUACAUUUGUCGGCUCUUGAAAUAUCUGAGAAAUGACAUACUGGUCGGCUGUCAUCGCUGGUCUGUGUCUGAUGGUGUGGUGUGAACUGGCCUUUAGUGGUCACUGUUUUCCUAGUAGACUCUCUUUUCAGAUUAAUGCCCAGAGCUUUGGAAUGAGUGGUGUGCUUAGAAAUCCUUUUCAUAAAGCCAGAAUCUGUAUUUUUGGGUGAACUGUUCCUUUAAUUAUCCAUUGAAUAACUAGGACAUUGUUUUCAGAGACUAAGUUAGCUGCAGUUGUUGUUGAUCAUCUGGUUAAAAAUAAAACAUCAUGUAAAAUCUGUAGUUGUUGGGACUAGCAUUAGAAAAUAAGUAAUUUUGUUUUAUUGUUUUCAUGUACCCAUAUAUUUAUUUCUUGACGUUAUAGAUUAAUUAGAGAAUAAAUGUGUCGUUAUAGAAUAAAUAUUUGUACAAUGUUGAAUUUUUUAAAUUUUUAACUAAUUUGAACUACAUUUUACUAAAAAACAAAAACAAAAAAAAACAAAAACAAAUCUUAAUAAGUCCUAUUCUGACCUACUUAACCUGACAUCAAAAUGCAGUUUGUUCACUUUUUCUUAUUCAUUUAUGAGUUUUAUAUCUAAUUUCAAUUCUUUGGUUUGAGUUAUGCACUUUAUUGUUGGACGUCAGUAUUCUGGAAGAAGUAGGUCAUUCACUACCAUUUUUCAACACACACUUCUGUUUGUUUGUUUAUUAACAUGUUGAAGUAUUUAUGCCUUCUUUCCAUUUUUUAAUAGACCUUUUUAAUAAUUUUUCGGUGAAUUUCCUGAAUCCUAAAGGGUAACAAUGGCUGUUGUAUAUGCUGAAGAUUAAUUUAUUUAAUACAUUGUUAAACAAAUUUUCCGGAUGAAAGUUUUAUUAGUUUGAUAAUUCAUUUUAUUAAUAAAUGCUUGCUAAAUGGUUGAAUGCUUUAAUAUAUUUAACAUGUUCAAUUUGUUUAGUAUAACAUCCAUGAGUAUAAAGAGUACGUUGUUACAAUGUUGCAAACAGUCCUGAAAAGCAUUCACAGUGUAAAGCAGUGAUGCUGGGAAUGAACAUUUAUGGCCCAUAGCUUUAAAUAUAUUCUUAAAGUAGUGAGCCCUUUUGAGCUGUACUGUAUCAGUUUUUACUUUUGUAAUUUUUGCACAGUACAAAACAUUGUUUAACAACGGUUAUUGUGCAUGUGAUGAACUGACUUUAUACCUACUGUUUAUCUUAAAUCCUUGUGUUAUUUAUCUUUAGGACAUCAACUUGUGUACUUUAAAUUUUCACACUAGUGUUUUUUUUUUUUUACAUUUGUAAAAUCAUAAAUAUGACUUAUUCUGUCCCUGUAUUGUGUACUUUACUUUCACCAUGUUACUCUUGAUUUAUUUCACUUAUGCUUUUAUUUAUAAUUCAUAUGUUACUGUGUGCUCUUAGUACUAGUGGUGCAUAAAUUGAUUUCAGUCACAGCAAACUUUAAAAAAAUAAUCUUCAUGGAGUAGUUGAGAGUUUAAGCUCUUAAUGUAAUUUGCAAUACUCUCAGGGAUGAAAUGUGUGUCUUUUCCAGUUUGUUCAAAAUUAUUUUUUAAGAUCAGCCAGGACAGAUAUAAAUGGGAAAGUAAUACCAAAAUCAUUCCAGAAACUGCAACGUGAUGUAAACUCUUGUUACUGUUUUGUGAUGGGUGUUACAGUAGUAAGUCUAUGCAAACAACUGAUCUCAAAUGUGAAUAAAUAUCGCUCAUCAGGUCUAAUUUAGCUGCCUGUACUCUGUAUUUAUGCUCACUGUGUACCUUGAUCCAUUGCACAGGGACUCCAUUAACAAUAAAUGUGUGUUUG